UCGCUAUUCUCGCGUGUCACGUUACGUUACGUCGCGUUGUCAGUUUCUCGGCCGUGCGCUGCGUCGCAGUAUUUUUCGCCGAAGGAGAUAAUGCGAAAACAGCGACGUUGGUCGCAUGCGUUCUCGCGUAUCUAUAGAUAACGACGUCUCUUUGACAGCGAUCACAAUGGUCUCAGGCGCGCGUACCGCCACAAUGUGCGCCACAAUGUUUGCACGCACAUUGUGCAUUACGUUUGACUCCGGCUGCUACCGGGUCUAGUGUCAAAAUGGGAAGGAAACUAUACUUGUUAUCCUUCACUAAGACCUGCCAGCCUCACUCUAAUAAUACAUCCACCACCUAUAUACAAGAAUUAAAUAAUUUUUAAACAACGUAACUGAAACUCUAAGAAACAUUAAUACCGUUCCCGGGCAAUUAAGUAACUUAACGCCAAAAAAAGAAUUUCAAAUAAGAAUUGAAAAGAAAUACUUGACGAGCCCGAGCGUUAUGGUGGUGGAUUCAGUUAAAUUGAAACAUUAAAGGACAAUAAUAAAAUACUGUAAUACCUUACUGUAUAUAGGAGAGAUGAUCACCCGAGGGGUAGUGGAGUUUGUUAGAGUUUCUGGGUCUAGGGGAAUAUUCUGUAAGAGGGAAUGAGGAGCCCGAGAGAACAUCUGGUUGGGAUAGCUACGUCCCCUCUAGGGCGUGAAUUCUUCAACUUAAGGGCCGAGGAUGAGUUGCGCAUGUGGCUUUAUGUAGAGCUGUGUAUACUGGGAGUAAACGUAUCCAGAUACCUGGAGUUUUUAAUCUCUCUAUUGCGCUACCCCAUCUCGGCCCUAAGUACCGUACAAGGGAUCGUCGGAGUAGACACAUACACAGGACAACACCUAUUUGCCUCAUCCCUAGAAGAGCUGGAGACACUUGGUAACUGGAUGCGAGCUGAACGACGAGCUAUUGCCCUGGGAUGUCUGAUAGGUGCUAGCUGUUUCGAUGCAAACUUAUCAAGAAUAAUGAUGCUGGUUGACGAAGUGAUGACGAGGCUAGAUAAAGUGGAUGGUAGGGACGCAAACCUUAUGGAAGAGGAAUUUAAAGUGCCCAACGAAGAAUUUCACGCACCUGCAACGAAUAUAGAAGCAUCCAUGCUUGCUGAUAGCGCUUAUGAAACUCAAGAAGAAUUCACAGUCUCAUUGCAACCUGUAUUGAUAGAAGAGAUUUCUCGGUGGACGGAAAAGAACAUUGGCACUACAUAUUGUAACAACACAAACAACAGAAUUAAUUCGUACAACAAAAAUAACGAAGCAUACAAUAGAAAUAAUAACGUAUCUAUUGUGAAUAGCAUCGACUCCCAACAGCUGGAUAGUAAAAACAGCUUUGGGUUUGUUGAAUCAAUGGAACGGCAAAGAGAAAAGGACCGAUUACAAUUGGAAAUUGAACGACUACAGUUAGCUCGAUUGCAGGCAAAAUUCAAUGAGGAUGUUGAGGCUAUCUGGAAUGCAGGUUUGCAAAAUAUACAAGAGGAACAGCAGGACUGUAAGCUCCUGCAGGACAGGAUAAUCCCUCCUGCUCCUGCUAUAUUUCCAAACUCGCAACCGGUAUUUACUAUACCUGAUGGUUCUCCCUUGAGUGUAUAUUCAUCUAGCUCAAAGAAUGGGAAAACCAUUGAUAUAGACUCAUUAUACCCUGGAUCUCGUCUUGAUGCGCCCGACAAUGACGUGCAGAACAGUGAGCUAAUCAAUGUCCAAGACCAAGCGGAGAAUAGCUUCAAAUAUAAUGCAGGAUAUAAUACCACAAAAAAUGCAAGAAAUUGGCCGGACCUGAUUAGCAAUGACCUUUGGCGCAGAAAAGGAACCGAAGACAACUGGGUAUAUUUGACACGGAACAUACAAGCGGUUGGUUCCCUUCCGGUGGCAUCCUGCAAACUUCCUCAUGGAAGUCACAUAGAAUCCCCUUCGAUUCUGAAAUUAAGUAACCUUCCAGAACCAGACGAGGAUUUAUUGACUUCCGCUCGUACACAUUUUCGUCCGAUAAAGGACGAUGGUUACUGGGCAGAUGGAACAACGUUCCCCGUUAAUACUGCUGUAGAACAGGUUGCCUACCGCAGAUCUGAAUCAGGUAACGUAUGGUACCUUCCUGGCGGAGAAAGCCCAUAUAUGGAGUAUCGCGAGAACGACACGGCCAGCCCUAUCGUGUCAAUGUUAUCUUCCAACUUAACUCCAAAAUUCAGGGUACGCCAGUGCGACAAGAGCGUCCAAACGGACCCUGUACGAUUUGCGGUUAGGCGUAAACUUAUCUUCGAUGACGAUUGUUAUGACAGUACUCCGUUUAGAGGCGAAGAUUCUGUCAUAAACAAGGACGAAGAAGAAGAAGAAGAAGCAGUUAUUGAAGGAGAGGAAACGAUCACUGCUCAGUACCAAGUAAAAAAUAAACAAUUUACUGACAAGCAGAACACAAUAGCAAUAAAUAACGAGGAAGAGAGCAAAACUUCCAAUACACAAGAAAUAGAACGGAACGAUGAAUAUACAGCUUAUAACGGAAAUAGAAAAGAACUGGAAGGUGAAAAUAGGAAAAUAGGCGAAACUGAAGAUCUUGAUGAAAAUGGGGAUGGUUGUGAUUGUGAGGAGGACGAGGAUGAAGUGGAAGGGGAGCAGGGGCAGGAGGAGAAUAAUGAUACAAACUACACAACUGUAACAAUAGACCAGGAUAAUGAGAAAGGCAAUAAACAAAAUGAAAAUGAACAGGUAAAAAGAGAUGAAGAUAAAGAGGAGGCCGAUGAAGACGAAGAUGAGAAUGAAAAUGAAGAUGAGGACGAAGAUGAUGAUCGAAAUGAAGAUGAUGACGAUAAUUACGACAAUGAUAAUGAGGAUGAUGGCGAUGAGAAUGAUAAUGAGGAUGAUGAUGAUGAGAAUGAUGAUGAUGAUGAUGAUGACGACGACGAUGAUGAUGAUGAUGAUGAUAAUGAUAAUGAGAACGAGAAUGAGGAAGAGAAAAAAGAGAAUGAAGAAAAACGUCAUGAAGGGAACGGAAAAGAACAAGAAGACGAGUAUGAGGACGAGGAUGAGGAGGAAAGUGAUGAUGACACUAAAGUUGUGUUUUGUAAUGAAGAAGAAAGACGAAAGUAUAUUUUGGAUAGAAUGAACCGGGCAGCAGUCAAGAUUAAUCUGGCGGAUGAUAGAGAAUGGAAAAACUGUAUGAACAAGGUGAGGGAAAAGAUUUUGAAGAAGAUUGGCACUGACAUAUUUGUGACGAUGCCGGAACGAAUAAUGUAAGCUGGGAAAUAAACUACGUGACUGAAGAUUUGAAGUUUAGCUAUACUUGUUUUUAUUGCAAAACGAAGAUACAAACGAUAGGAGCGUGAGUGGGGGUCCUCUUGGCAUGUGGAAUUUGUUAUGCAUGUAACCAAGAAGACACGAAUAAACCCCAUCGUCACUCGUAAUAAGCAACACGCGAUAUCGAAGUAAAGCGAGACGCGUGACUAUUCAAUAUUCAUUUAGAUAAAUGAACAUUAAUCCUUUGAUGAGUAAGGAGGAAAGAAACGAAAUAUCGAAAAAAAAGGAAAAAAAAGAAGUGUACACCUUAUACAGCGUUUCACGUUGAGAAAACGUUGAAGAACGUAGCCCACGUGAUUUCAGUUGUAGAUUGUUGAUUACUUUUAUGUGAUUUCUGACAAAACUUAGUGCGCUGAUUUUUGUAGAGAAAAUCGUAGGGAGCAAUUUCGUUUCUCGUCCGACGUGCCGCCUACAGUAUUGGACGUUUUGCGGGUCGAAAUUAAAUAAGAAAAACGAACGCGCGAAAGUUAGGAAUUACAGACAGUUUUGAGUACUUAUUUGGAAUGCUGUACGGAUUGCAACUCUGAUAUUUCAUUCGUGCGCUGUUUUUCUUUUCUUGUCGUUUUUCUUAAUUAAUAAUGGAUUAUCUUAAUUGUAUUUUUCUAAUUAUAAUUUAACUCCCUAGAAGAUUAUUUAUGAAUGUGUAUAUAUAUAUAUAUAUAUACAUAUAUAUAUAUAUAUAUUUAUUUAUAAAUAAUCACCUUGACUAUCCUCUUCCCCUCUCCCAAUACUCCAAAUCUCCCUGUAUCCGAUGCUUUUCCUGUACUCCCCCGAGACAGGAUAAUUGAGAACGUAUGUAUAAAAGAAAAAAAAACAUGUAAUUUGAAGACAUGCUUACCCCGUGUGCGGGUAUGCGAGAAGUGUUACUAGGUUGCAGAUGCCAAGCGUACGUUCAAAACUAAAAAAAAAAAUAAAUAAAAAAGAAAAUGUUAAUGCGUCGAAAGAUGCCAUUUACGAAUGGCUAUUCUUUUGGAGAAUAAUGCGUCGGAAACGUGUCUGGUGGAUUGUGCGGAUUGUACGAAAAAAAUCCAAUAAAGGCACUGCAAAUGUGAAGAUUGUA